UCUACUGCUCUGCACAGUUGGGCGUGUUAGCUGUUAGCAUUUCUAAACAAAACAUUAUUGUGCUUUUUUCGUACCCUUUCUAGUGAAUAUUGAUCUUACAGUUGUAUUUGCUAUGCGGUCCCCAUUUUGCUACGUUCAUGUUCCACUUUUAUGUCCAGUCCAGAAAAUAACAACAGUCACGGAAACUUAGGAAAGCAGACAGCUUUAGUCUCAAAUGACUGGCACAUUGGUCUUUUUUUAAUAUAAUAUCUGAAUUUCAAAGAGUGCUUUUGCUAACGGCAUAAGAAUCUGACAGCAAAUCUGUUCAUAUCUUAUACACAUUACACAUUUCUGAAAGCAUUUGGGACUUUUGACGUAGAUGUUUUGAGCACCUGUCACAACAUCUUCUUCUCAAGGUUUUUGGUGUGGAUCUGUAAAAUCCUAAACUGAUGGAUCCCGUUCCAGAUUCCAAAGGUUCUACUCGAUCACCGAGAGGAACAUCUGAAACCAAAAGAGAAAACAACAAUCCGAACCAGAAGAAGAAUCUACAGGAGGCGCGGAGGAAGGGCAGAAUGGAUCGGAGCAAAGAGGAGGAGGAGAUGAGCAAUGAACUCAAAAACUUGGAUGUUCGUGGUAAGACUAAAGCAACAGGAACAGGUCUCGUCUACGUAGAUGCCUUUACUCGCUUUCACUGCCUCUGGGAUGCCAGUCACCCGGAGUGUCCAGCAAGAGUGAGCGCUGUGAUGGAGAUGCUGGAGACGGAAGGUCUGCUGGGACGCUGCGUACAAGUAGAGGCCAGAGCUGUGUCAGAAGAUGAGCUGUUACUCGUUCAUACGAAGGCGUAUGUAGAGCUGAUGAAAUCCACACAGAAAAUGACAGAGGAGGAGCUGAAAACUUUGGCUCAUAAAUAUGAUUCUGUCUACCUGCAUCCUGAAUUUUUCGCCUCCGCCUGUCUGGCGGUGGGAUCAGUUCUCCAGCUGGUGGAUAAAGUGAUGACAUCACAGCUGCGUAACGGCUUCUCCAUCAACAGGCCUCCUGGUCACCAUGCUCAUGCAGAUAAGAUGAAUGGCUACUGUAUGUUUAAUAAUCUGGCCAUAGCAGCGCGCUACGCACAGAAGCAGCAUGGAGUUAAACGAGUUCUGAUUGUGGAUUGGGAUGUGCAUCACGGACAGGGAAUCCAGUAUAUUUUUGAAGAGGAUCCCAGUGUGCUGUAUUUCUCCGUGCACAGAUAUGAAGACGGCUCGUUCUGGCCGCAUCUCAAGGAGUCUGACAGCAGUUCGGUGGGUUCAGGAGCAGGACAGGGCUACAAUAUCAACCUGCCCUGGAACAAGAUAGGGAUGGAGGAUGGAGAUUACGUCACAGCUUUCCAGCAGCUCCUGCUUCCAGUGGCGUAUGAGUUUCAGCCUCAGCUGGUGUUAGUGGCGGCUGGCUUUGACUCUGUGAUUGGUGACCCAAAGGGUGAGAUGCGAGUGAGUCCACAGUGUUUCUCCAUCCUGACCCACAUGCUGAAAGGUGUAGCACAGGGUCGACUCGUGCUGGCUCUUGAGGGUGGAUAUAACCUCCAGUCCACAGCAGAGGGUGUUUGUGCUAGUGUGAGGUCACUGCUGGGUGACCCUUGCCCUCAUCUGACCUCUCCUGGCGAUCCGAGUGAAAGUGCUCUGAAGUCCAUCUCAGAGUCCAUCUCAGCCUUGUAUCCAUUUUGGAAGAGUCUUCAGACUUUUGAGGGUGGUCCUCUGUCUGAUGUCACUCCCCUGCCCGCUCCAGUGUGUGCAGAAGUGAAGGUUUCCUCUCCGAUCACUGGGCUGGUUUACGACCAGAGAAUGAUGCUUCAUCACAACAUGUGGGAUGGUCAUCAUCCAGAGCUCCCUCAGAGAAUUUCUCGCAUCUUUUGCCGGCAUGAGGAGCUGGGUCUGCUGUCCCGUUGCCUUCAGAUACCAGCUCGCCUAGCAACAGAAGAAGAGCUGGCACUCUGUCACAGUUCUGAGCAUAUAAGCACUAUAAAGAGUACAGAGCACAUGAAACCCAGAGAUCUGCACCGUCUGGGAAACGAUUACAACUCCAUCUACAUCUGUAAUGAGAGCUACACCUGCGCCCUGAUGGCCGCAGGGUCGUGUUUUAACUCUGUACAGGCCAUAAUCACAGGCCACGUGAGAAAUGGCGUGGCCAUAGUCCGUCCUCCCGGUCAUCAUGCAGAGAAAGACACAGCUUGUGGUUUCUGUUUCUUUAAUACGGCUGCUUUGACCGCACGCUAUGCCCAGAGCAUCACUCACGAAUCCCUGCGUGUCCUCAUCCUGGAUUGGGAUGUUCACCAUGGAAACGGCACACAGCACAUCUUUGAGGAGGAUGACAGUGUUCUGUACAUCUCCCUGCAUCGCUACGAAGACGGGACAUUCUUCCCCAGUUCAGAGGAUGCUAACUAUGACAAGGUGGGGCAGGGGAAGGGCACAGGAUACAAUGUCAACAUCCCCUGGAAUGGAGGAAAGAUGGGAGACCCAGAAUACAUGGCGGCUUUCCAUCACAUAGUGAUGCCGAUAGCCAGAGAGUUUGCCCCAGAGCUGGUGCUGGUGUCUGCUGGGUUUGAUGCAGCACGAGGUGAUCCGUUAGGAGGGUAUCAGGUGACCCCAGAGGGCUACGCUCACCUCACCCAUCAGUUAAUGAGCCUGGCUGCAGGAAGAGUGCUAGUCAUACUGGAGGGAGGAUAUAACCUCACCUCCAUCUCUGAGUCAAUGUCCAUGUGCACCAGUAUGUUGCUGGGAGACUCUCCUCCGUCUCUAGACCAUCUGCCCCCUCCGAAGACCAGCGCCACUGUUACCAUUAACAAUGUCUUGCGUGCACACGUCCCCUUUUGGAGCUCCUUGAGAAUACAGAUUCCAGAGUCACUUCGUUUGGCUUUGCCGUCUCCUAAAUCGAAAGGCAAGCGGGCAUCAGCGGGCAAGAGCAAGAAAUCUCCUCGCCAGUCCACCCAGAGUCCUGGACAGACACCGCAGCAUCUUGAGGAAUCCGGCCUUGAUGAGCUCAGUAAGGACCUGCUCUCUCUGAAUCUCAACACAAGUACCUCAUCUAACCCCAGCCCAGCGUCUGUCCCCAUUGGAGGAGCCAGACGGAAGGUGAAACCCAACCCACAGAGGGAUUCGGCAGGCCGGGAGUCAGAUUCACCCCUAAAACUCAAGUCAGAGAAAGCCAGAGUUGGAGAUGGCACGCAUGCAGAGAUUACAGCUGUAAAAGCAGAGACACCUGACCGGACAAUCCCAGAGUCUGUGGUCUCUGGAAAGUCAGCUGCCGUGGAUGAUCAGGAGAGUUCAGUGCUGGAAGCUGCUGGUGGUCACACCACUAUGAUGUCAGUCUUACAAAGUGUCUUUGGAGCACAAGCCACGGAUUUGGACACCAUGUAUGUGGUGGACCCGUUGUCAUGGUGCCCACACUUGGAGUCAGUGCGACCGGUGCCCGCAGGUGGCAUCGAUGUCUUCCUGCCGUGUGAAGAGUGUGGAGGGGAUACAGAAAACUGGAUCUGCCUCUUCUGCCACAAGGUGCUCUGCGGGCGUUAUGUGAAGCAGCACAUGGUGACCCACGGGCAGGUGUCGGGUCACCCUAUGGUGCUGAGCUUCGCUGACCUUUCUGUCUGGUGCUACGCUUGUGAGUCAUACGUCCACAACAAGGUGCUCCAUGAAGCCAAAAGUGCUGCUCACCUUGUGAAGUUUGGAGAGGAGAUUCCUCCUUUCAGCUGAACCAGCAGAGAGAAGGAAGCGUUUGUUUGUGUGUUGUUUGCAUGCAUGUGAAGAGACCAAACUGAGCUGCAGUGGAAGCAAGUUUCUUCAGUUUAUCUGUCUUCCUUCCUCACUUGUGUCGUAAACAUACUUCAUAGAUUCUCAUUGUGCCACUUAUGAGGUUGUUUGCUAAAAUACUGACUUUUUUUAAUGGAAUUUGUUCGAUCUUAAAGAAAAUCUUAGUUUUUAAAAGGUGUCCUCUCUACAAUUUGUAAUAGUAGCUUUUUUUCCCAAACGGUACUUUGAUUUUAUGAAGAGUUAAACAGUAGCAUGGCGCUAAAACCACAAUUUUACAACCAACCAAAUCAGUGUUUCAAAUGUAUUGCAUUCUCGAUGCACAACCAACAGCGUUGCACCGCACUGUUGAGAAGCAUUCCUGUUUUCAUUGUAUGACUCCGGGCCAAGGCUAUCAAACUGUGGAAAUUACAAAACCACCUUAACCUGAAAGCAAUAAAUAGUGCAAUUUUUACUUAAACAGCAUGUGAGGACAGGAUGUAAUGAGUUAUUUUGUGUUCCUUUUUUUUUUUUUUAUUUUUUCCACAAACACAGGGAUUCAAACCUUU